AUGAUGAUCGGAGAAACCCGCCGAACUUACCCUACGGUGGAAAUUCCUGCAUGGCCAGCUUCUGAAGAUUUUACAGCGGCGGAGAUUUUUUCUCCGGCGAUGAACAGUCCAGAUUGCAGCAUGCUUGAAGCCUUGGCGGCGUUGCAGCGUUAUCUUCCGUCGAACGAGCCGGAUCCUGAUUCUGACCCGGAUUUAUUGGGUCCGGACUCUCCAAUCGAUGCUUAUUCAUGUGACCAUUUCCGCAUGUACGAUUUCAAGAUCCGGAGGUGUGCUCGUGGUCGGAGCCAUGACUGGACGGAGUGUCCGUACGCUCAUCCCGGUGAAAAGGCUCGCCGGAGAGAUCCGAGGAAGUACCAUUACUCGGGCACGGCUUGUCCUGAUUUCCGAAAAGGUGGUUGCAAGAAAGGAGACACGUGCGAGUUCGCUCACGGAGUUUUCGAGUGUUGGCUUCAUCCAGCUCGUUACCGGACUCAGCCGUGUAAAGACGGCGGUCACUGUCGCCGGAGAGUUUGUUUUUUCGCUCACUCGCCGGAUCAGCUUAGGUAUCUCCCGAAUCGGAGCCCCGAUCGGGUCGACUCCUUUGACGUUUCGUCCCCGAUUCGUCAGUCCUGCGCAAGAGCGUUUCAGCUCUCUAUCUCGCCUGUUUCUGGUUCCCCGCCGAUGAGUCCAAGAGCUGACUCGGAGUCUUCUCCGAUGACUCAGUCACUGAGUCGGUCACUCGGGUCUAGCGCUAUGGACGACGUCGUUACGUCGUUUAGGAACUUACAGUUUGAGAAGGUGAAAUCGUUUCCUCCGUCUUACAGCAACAACCCAUUACGAUGCUACCAAUCCGGAUUCGGGUCUCCUCGAGGAUCCAUCUUGGGUCCUGGGUUUCAAAGUCUGCCCACAACCCCGACCCGACCCGUGAAUCUGGAUAUUUGGGAUAAUGGUUUAGAGGAAGAGCCCGCAAUGGAGCGGGUCGUUGAGUCUGGUCGUGAGCUACGAGCAAAGAUGUUUGAGAAACUGAGCAAGGAAAACUGCAUGGAUCGGGUUGAACCGGAUCCGGAUCAUAACUCGGAUGAAGCUCCUGAUGUCGGGUGGGUAUCUGAGCUGUUGAUGUAG